CUUGUGUCAGACUGGAAAAAGACUUUCAUUAAACACGACAGGAGACACCACGAUGAAUAUUCAAAAGAGCAGCAGAGAUUGUAAUCGAGCAGCAGCUCCACAGGAGCUGAGGAUCCUAGGAAGCUGCUGAGACAGGCUCCCACACACAAAGUUUGGCUGAGAUGGAAAAAAAACUUCAGGAGGCAAAGACUGUGAUUAUACAUCAAGAGGAGGAACUGAAUUCAGUCAAAGAGAGUUUGACAGAGAUGGAAGCAUUUUACAAAGUGAGCCUGAAAAAAGCAGGUUUGGCCGCGAUGGAAGGGUUUUACAAAGAGAAACUCCAAGAAGAAAGAUCUGCACAUAAAGAAACUGAAGAAGAAUUGAGAUCAUUCAAAGACAGAGUGGCAGAAGAGGUUGAUCUUUCACUAAAGACGGGGAACUCUGAAAACAUGAACAACCCAGUGAAUGAAACCAGACUGAAAGAGAUGUAUGAAGAGCUGAGGAAGGACUGGACUAAAAACAAGUCUUUUCUGCAGACAGCUUACAGAAACACAGAGACAAUCAAAGCCUGGAUUCAGCGCAGCUUUCUAUGUGGGGAAGGGGAUAUGGAGCAGAAGAAGAAACUGAUAGAGUUAGCAUUUAACCUAAAUGCGGACCACACUCGAGUAUCUCAGAAGGUUCAUGAAUACACAAAGCUAACCCUUCAGAACCUUCAGCUUGCUGUUUACUACAGUUUUAAAAACACUACUGCUCAGGGGUUCCACGGACAGGAAGGUGAAACUCAUGACAACAGCAUGAAUAAUUUCCUCACGAAGUGCCGCUGGCUGAGCAGCUUAUUGGCUUUGAACAAUCCACCGCUUCAGCCUGACUGGAUAAAUCAUCAUCCCGGGCAAGAUGCUUGGAACAUUUUCCCACAAGAAAUCAGAGCUGAUUCUGCCAUAUCACUCUGCCAGGGCCACUCUGCAAAUGUCCUUAAAUGUUCUUCGCCAUCCCAGGACCCAGACAUGAACAAGACUGAAGAUUCCUAGAAAGAUCUUCGUAGAACAUGUCUUCUAUCCUGUCUUCCUUCUCUCACCCCAACCACUCGCAGUAGAUGGCCGCCCC